GGGCUCCCACCCAGGACCAUGAGCGCCUAAGAUGGAGACGUCCGCCUCAGCCACUGCCUCAGAGAAGCCAGACGCCAAGAGCGGGAUCCUGGAAGGCACCGGCUUCCCCGACCCGGGCAAGAAAGCCUCUCCUCUGGUGGUGGCCACGGCGGCAGCGGUGGCUGCCCAAGGAGUGCCGCAGCACCUCUUGCCGCCCUUCCACGCGCCCUUGCCGAUUGACAUGCGCCACCAGGAGGGGAGGUACCAUUACGAGACUCACUCUGUCCACGGCGUGCACGGGCCCCCCACCCUGAGCGGCAGUCCUGUCAUCUCCGACAUCUCCUUGAUCCGGCUCUCUCCGCACCCUGCCGGCCCUGGGGAGUCCCCGUUCAACGCGCCCCACCCCUACGUGAACCCCCACAUGGAGCACUACCUCCGUUCAGUGCACAGCAGCCCCACACUGUCCAUGAUCUCCGCAGCCAGGGGCCUCAGCCCCGCCGACGUGGCCCAGGAGCACCUGAAGGAGAGGGGACUGUUUGGCCUUCCUGCUCUGGGUACCAAUCCUUCAGACUAUUACCACCAGAUGACCCUCAUGGCGGGCCACCCCACACCCUACGGGGACCUGCUGAUGCAGAGUGGGGGUGCUGCUGGCGCACCCCACCUCCACGACUACCUCAACCCAGUGGAUGUGUCGCGUUUCUCCAGCCCGCGGGUGACACCCCGCCUGAGCCGCAAGCGGGCGCUGUCCAUCUCCCCGCUCUCAGACGCCAGCCUGGACCUGCAGCGGAUGAUCCGGACCUCGCCCAACUCGCUGGUGGCCUACAUCAACAAUUCCCGCAGCAGCUCGGCCGCCAGCGGCUCCUAUGGGCACCUGUCGGCGGGCACCCUCAGCCCAGCCUUCACCUUCCCCCACCCCAUCAACCCCGUGGCCUAUCAGCAGAUCUUGAGCCAGCAGAGGGGCCUGGGCUCAGCCUUUGGACACACGCCGCCCCUGCUCCAGCCCUCGCCCACUUUCCUGGCCCAGCAGCCCAUGGCCCUCACCUCCAUCAAUGCCACGCCUACCCAGCUCAGCAGCGGCAGCAACUGUCUGGGUGAUGCCAACCAGAGCAAGCAGAACAGUGAGUCGGCUGUGAGCAGCACCGUCAACCCCAUCGCCGUUCACAAGCGGAGCAAAGUCAAGACAGAGGCCGAGGGCCUGCGGCCAGCCUCCCCGCUGACGCUGACACAGGAGCAGCUGGCUGACCUCAAGGAGGACCUGGACAGGGAUGACUGUAAGCAGGAGGCCGAGGUGGUCAUCUACGAGACCAACUGCCACUGGGAGGACUGCACCAAGGAGUACGACACCCAGGAGCAGCUGGUGCACCACAUCAACAACGAGCACAUCCACGGGGAGAAGAAGGAGUUUGUGUGCCGCUGGCAAGCCUGCACGCGGGAGCAGAAGCCCUUCAAGGCGCAGUACAUGCUGGUGGUGCACAUGCGGCGGCACACGGGCGAGAAGCCCCACAAGUGCACGUUCGAGGGCUGCUCGAAGGCCUACUCUCGCCUGGAGAACCUGAAGACGCACCUGCGGUCUCACACCGGGGAGAAGCCGUACGUGUGCGAGCACGAGGGCUGCAACAAGGCCUUCUCCAACGCCUCGGACCGCGCCAAGCACCAGAACCGCACCCACUCCAACGAGAAACCGUACAUCUGCAAGAUCCCAGGCUGCACCAAGAGAUACACAGACCCCAGCUCUCUCCGGAAGCAUGUGAAAACGGUCCACGGCCCCGACGCCCACGUCACCAAGAAGCAGCGCAAUGACGUGCACCUCCGCGCCCCGCUGCUCAAGGAGAACGGCGACAGUGAAGCCAGCACGGAGCCCAGCGGCCGGGGUCCAGAGGGGAGCGCCGAGGCCGGCAGCACCAGCCAGGCCGUGGAGGACUGCCUGCACAUCAAAGCCAUCAAGACCGAGAGCUCCGGGCUGUGUCAGUCCAGCCCCGGGGCCCCGUCGUCCUGCAGCAGUGAGCCCUCUCCCCUGGGCAGUGCCCCCAACCACGACAGCGGCGUGGAGAUGCCCGGGACGGGGCCCGGGAGCCUGGGAGACCUGACGGCCCUGGAUGACACACCCCUGGGAACCGACGCCUCCACCCUGGCUUCCCCCUCCGCCGGAGGCCUGCAGCUGCGCAAACACAUGACCACCAUGCACCGACUCGAGCAGCUCAAGAAGGAGAAGCUCAGGUCACUCAAGGAUUCCUGCUCGUGGGCCGGGCCGGCGCCACACACCCGGAGCACCAAGCUGCCUCCCCUCCCGGGAAGUG